CCGACACCGACGCCGACGCCAACACCAACGUGGAGUGAUUAGUUGACUGGACCGAAUUUCGACACCCAGGUUCCAAAAUCUACUGUACGUACCUACCUACUACUACUGUAGAUCGUUCGUCCUUCACCGGUGCGGAAAAAAGCCAUCAAACCUGAUUGCUUCAUCUUCCUUCUCGCCAGUCCGGGCCCCCCUUCCAUAACCCCACACCCACACCUCCUCUCAACGACCCUGACCAGAUCAGAUUUGACCGAAAUUGACUUGACCAACUCCAGACAAAGAGGGACGUCAAGAUCUCAAAAGAUCAUCUCGUUGCUUGUCCUAACCACCGACUAGUGUAUAUUUCCGAUCUUCUAAACACCCCACGGCUGCUAUAUAUAGAUGUCUCAAGCUCUUUAGCGGGCAUCUUGUCGUCGUACGUUAGGACUUGGUUGGGUCUGGCAUCUGGGGUCUAUUUUUGCUUGACACGCAAUCGGAUUGUCUAUUUUCAAGGUCUUCGACUUGGUUACCGCCAAAGAACUGGAGGCACGGUCAGAACCAAAGCCAAGGGUUGGACAUUGGAUCCCGAUCUUCGCUACAGAAAAGCCUGGCAGGUCGACUACCAUCGUUUUGAAUCUCUCGAUCUCAAUUCUAUCAAACAACAUCAUCAAGUACUAUACAUUGGUUUCUAUUGGAUUCCUCAUCCAUCAACCUCAACGACCGACGUCCUCUCCCGUCCUCAAGAUCAAAUCAAUGGCGCCUGUAACCAUGGGUGGACUCUCAAUGCCAUCUCUAUUACUGGCAUUGAGCCUCCCCUUUGCCGCCAUGGGCCAACAGGCCGAGGCCACAGUGACAUCGCUGUUACAAGCUUCAGACCCGCAUUUCGCUGCAACCGCCACCUUUCCCAGCGCCGUCUUAACCACCAUCACGCUGAUCGCCAGCACAGGAGAUGUCAGUGACGUGCCAGGGGCUGAUCCCACCGCCCCCAUCAUCACGUCCUACUACAUCAAUCCUGACUUCGACGCUAUUUACAGCUCUGUUUCAGGUAUUAGUACCACCUAUAUCGUCUUGCCGGACGGUUCGACCGUUAUUCUCGAGGGUGGCAAUGGAACUGGUGUGCUCGCUACGUCCACAGCAACUCCCUCGGUUGACGGAGUUUCAAGUGUUACUGCGACUCCCUCUGGCGGCUCAGUUAUUCAUGUGACUGCAUCCGAUGAUGUCCCAACGUUUACUACCUCUCCGACGUCGACUCAGACAGGGACAGGUGUUGGUGCUCCACAAGGUGCCGGUGGUACGGAAACGACAAGCUCGAUCGGAGCUGGGUUUACCGGUCAGGCAAAUAAGGUGACUGGUUUGGGUACAGGAGUGGGAUUUGUGGCAGGUCUUGUUGGUCUGUUGGGCGCUGUUAUCUAGUCGUAACAGAGCGGAGACGUGGAGGAGGAGUAAUAAGACUGUAUAAAGAAGGAUAUGGGAGGGUGUAUGGGGAGUGUAUGAAGAAGUAGGAGGAUAGGGGGGAAAUUGCAUUCGUCAAGGUCAUGUAUAUGGCCUUUCAUCACACUGUCAGAUCUGCAGAUCAGUUCAUCGCGAUACAACCCCAGCUGGAGAACUAUUUUCAGCGAAGCCAAACAAGUAUGUUGCGUUGGAGCUCGAAGUGGACACAAUUUUUCUAUUCGAUAGCCGUUUUUUUUUUGGAUGGACCUUCCAACAUAUACCUCUG